AUGGAUAACAACAGCCUGGAUCUAGACGGCCAAACUGCCCCUGAAUCUACGCGAGGUUUAUUUGAUUCUCCAGACAGUCCUGCUUCUGGCGUCAGAAGAGGUGAUUGGAUUGAUAAGCGUCGGUCAUUUGAAUUGGGUCCUCGAGGUAACAAUGCCAAAUCAUUUGGUGUAGCCCAGCAGCAGCAGCAGCAGCAACAGCAACGUUUAAGCGGAUUACAUACAGUCAAUGAAGAGGACUUCUACAGUCAGAGGCAGCAACAACAAAGGAAAUACAACCGUGAAUCCAUCAGUUUUCAGAAUCAAGAUGACUAUCGCCAGUUGCAGCAAAGAGACUCUUUCGAUUCCUCAUCUUCUGCCUCCCCGCUCUUUCAGAGAAAACAACGCUCUUCAGUGGCUCAUUUCAACAAUUUUCCACUGUCUAAAAGAUCAGAUGAACUGAAUGACACAUCGAGCCGCCUAUCCAGGGCAGAUGUAUUAGCAGAAACAGAAGCCAAGCUGAACGGACACAAUAACGUCGCGACAACAACCAACCGUUUCAGCAGCAGUAGCAAUAAUCGUAGUUUCGAUGAUAAACAGAGCCGCCGCUUAUCUGAACCCAACACACGCAUCUACAACUAUGGUAACAGCUAUUCUCAACCUCAACCUCAACAACAAGACUACUACAGUGACAGACCAGCCUUUGGCAGCAAUAGACGCAUGUCUUACCAGCAUUCUUCCUCCUCAUCAAGGCAAUAUCAACUGGACAGCAACGAUGCUGCCUCCAGACGUCUCUCCUUGUCCAAACUAAAUCUGGUGGAUGUCGAUAGAAGAAGCUCAGGCCGUGAUUGGAGAUCCAAGAGCCCCACUUCCAUGACACCCAUUGCGUCCUCUACCAGCACAUCGAGGCCUAGUUCCAUGAUCAAUCAUCAUCAUCGACUGUCCACUGGCUCGUCUAUCAUGGAGUCUGGAAACAGCAACAAUAAUGGCCACCAGCGAAAGCCAUUAUUCACAUCCCAUUUACCAUUCUCCUCUGUAGUGCCUUACCUCAAAUCCAACAUGCUUGUGAGUGGUCUGCUUCGUGUAAACAAGCGUAAUCGAUCUGACGCGUACGUGUUUUGUGAAGAUCUCAAUGCCGAUAUCUACAUUUGUGGGUCUCGCGACCGCAAUCGUGCUUUGGAGGGGGAUCAUGUCGCUAUCAAGUUGAUUGAAGUGGAUCAAGUCAUGCUGGAGAAACACGAAAAAGAAGAGGCCAAGCUUGCUAGAAACAAUGGCCAUCCUGUGGUGAGAAAGCCUGAUGAAGAGGAUGAAAAGGAGAUCAUUUUUGGCGGUGAAGAAGACGUGGAUCUAGUCACUCCCAAGUUUUGUGGUGUUGUGGUUGCCAUUUUGGAUCGUGCUCAAAAGCAAGUAUUCUCAGGCACACUGGGAUUGACUCGUCCCAGCAACAAGAGAAAAGGUGGUGAGGAUCAGCCGCAACAUCAGCAGCAGCGCGACAGCCCAGUGCCUCGCAUCAUCUGGUUCAAACCGACAGAUAAGCGUGUGCCCUUGAUUGCUAUUCCUGUCGAACAAGCACCUCCAGGCUUCAUUGAGAAUAGCGAUGCGUUUGAAAACAAGCUCUUCUUGGGAUCCAUCAAAAGAUGGCCUAUCACUUCUCUGCAUCCUUUCGGUGUGCUUGAGAACGAAUUGGGUGUAGUAGAGGACACACGAGUUCAGCUGCGUGCUAUUUUAGCAGAUAACAAUGUCAAUUCUCCACCUUACCACGAUUCCAUGCUGCGAAGCAUCCCCACCAGCCUGCUGAGCGCCGAGAUGAUUGAGCGAGACAUUGCAAGCAAGGCACGUCUUGAUAUGCGCUCCACUCGAUGUAUCACUAUUGUUGAUGAGAACGGCGGCUUUUUGGAGAAUGCCUUGUCCAUUACAUCUGUGCCAGAUACCAAUACUUUUGAGGUAGGCAUUCAUGUCUCUGAUAUCACCGCUUUCAUCAGCCCUGAAUCAGCCCUGGAUAAAGAAGCGAGAUCAAGAGGCGUGGAUGUAUACCACACCAUUUUUGAAAAGGUACCCCUUUGGCCAGAGUUUUUGAAGGAGAAUUGCACAGAUCUCGUGCAAAGUAAAGAUAAAUUGACCUUCUCCAUUAUCUGGACGAUGAGUAGCUCGGGCGAGGUGAUGAAGACUUGGUUUGGAAAGACUGUCAUCAAUUCAAACGCAGUAAUGACCUUGCAAGAGCUCCAACACGUCAUUGAUGACCCUAACAAUGACAACAAUGACCUUUCAACCGACAUUUUAUCGCUUUAUUCAAUUGCCUGUUCGCUGCAUGAAGCACGGUCUGAAAAGGCUCUCUUUAUCAAGCCCUCUCAACUGGAUAUUCGCUUUAAAAAUGGCAAUUACCCUAGCAGCAUUUCCACCAAAGUCCAUCUCAAGUCUGAAUGCAUACUAGAAGAACUCCAAAUCUUGGCCAACACGCAAGUCGCUCAGAAGAUCAGCAGCCACUUCCCAGACCAUGCCUUGCUGCGAUCUCAAUCACCACCAAACGAAAGAAAGUUGCGCGAGUUGACCCACUAUUUGGACAGCCUGGGAUACUCCAUCCACCCCGAAACACCAAGCAGUCUUCAGAAAUCAAUUGAUGCUAUUGAGAAUCCCGAGGCAAAAGCUGUCAUCAUGACAUUGGUGAUGAAAUGCAUGAGCCAAGAGAAAUACUUUUGUACCGGUGCAUUUGACAUUAACCGUUACCAUCAUUACGCCAACAACGCGCCUCUGUAUACGCAUUUUUGCGCUCCCACCAAGCGCUACGCUGAUACCAUUGUUCAUCGGCAAUUGGAAGCUGUCAUCAAGGGCGAAAAGGUGUUCUUUAUGGAACCCGAGAUUGUACAAAAGACUGCACAACAUUGCAAUGUCAAGACGAGAGCAGCUGAAAACGCAAAUGAACAAACACAGCAUAUGUUUUCAUCUUACUAUUUGGCCAACAACUCGGGCACAUCUACCAAUCGUAUGCAAGAUGCUAUCGUUGUAGGUGUUCAAGAAGGUGCAUUUGAUGUAAUUGUGCCUGGCUUGGGCUUGGAAAGACGCAUUCAUACUCUUAAUCUGCCUCUGAAAUCAGAUACCUACAGUCUGUCGGAAAAUGUGCUUCAUUUGAUCUGGAUUCAGGGCGAGGCAACGGUGGAUGCUGGCGUGGAGACCGCUAUUUCAACUGAUGAUGAGGAUGAUGAUUACGACGACAGUAUCAUGGACACCUAUAGCGUACGGGACGAUCUAGACUCUCAGGAAGAUGACGGUGUUCUAGUAGAUAUUGGCGACUCCAAUGAUGAGCAAGUCAAGCGUUUGUCCAUCAAAUCCUCAUCUACCACUGCUCUUGACGAAUUGAAAAAGAACCGCAGAAGGUCCACGUCCAUUCGAGCUAUCCAGGGUGAAGAUGCUUGGAUUACGCAAAAGGAGUGCACUUUCCCUAGUGAGUGUCGUCAAUUGAUCCGACCUUUUGACUUUGUAAAAGUAGUAGUUACUGCAGAUCCCAUCCGUAGCCCCCCAUUGAUCAGAGUUUUAGCUGCAAAUCCUUUUGUACUGAAGCAAUAA